AUGUCAAGUUCAAACUCCACACACCCCGGGCACUUCCAUGUGCCGGACUCGGACGGUGCCAUCAUCUUGAUGCUGGGGGCGGUCGUCUUCUUGACCUUCGCCCUUGGUAUGAUGUCGCAGCUCUGCGAAGUCCCGAUCCUGUUCUUCAUCAGAAGGAAGCAAUACUGGUACGAAGAAGACGAUGAUCUCGAUCUCGAGCAAGGCCUCGGCCAAACCGCACUCAACCACAGAAUGUCCGAACUCGAGGCUGAAACUGGCGCGCCCCGCCGAUCCCGACCCCGGCCCCGACACCGAUACUCUGACCGGGAACCGCACCGCGAACUUGGACCUGAAUCCGAAUACUCUUACGAGACGCCAUCCCGACCGACGACGCGGUACGGAAGCAUUCAGCAACACAUGGUAGAGAUGAACGGGAUCCGGAAGCUUGUUCUUGUGGUUGACAUUGAUAAAUACAAUCGCGGUGAGCCGAGUGAGGCCUCGCCGGACGAAUAUGCGGAGUGGUUUGAGAGAUGGCGGCAACAACAGCAGCGGGAGGCCGAAGAAGCAGUUUCUGACGAGCCUUUGGAUGAGGGCUCGCCCUUGCUGGGGCCUUGGCCGUGA